CAUCCAUCCAUCCAUCCAACUCACUACAAGAGACACUAGUCAAAGACUUUUUCUUCUUCUCCUUUCAUUCUAGCAAAAAAAAAUUCACAAUCGGCCGAUUCCUCAUCUUUUUCUUAGCUAUCUAUCUAUCUAUCUAUCUAUCUAUCUAUCUAUCUAUAUAUAUAUACAAAAAAAAAAAAAAUCCAAUCUAAUUUAAUUUAAUUUAUCAUCAAGUAAGUGACUUUCUAAUUACCCAAUUUGUCGAAAAAUCAUUUACAUUUUCUGAUCAUAAUAGUUAGCUGCUUAUAGCAUUAAUAAGUUAAAAAUAAGGUGUAAAUUAACUUAAAAAAAGCAGCAGCAGAGGAAGAGAUGUUAGGAGCUGGAUUACAGUUUGGGCGGAGGCGCGUGGGAGAAGAUGAUAGGUUUUAUAGUCAUCAUCAUCAUCAUCAUCCGGCUAAAGCUACAUUAAAUCGUCAUCACCAAAAUAAUACUACUAAUUUAACAAAGGGAGCUCAAUCUGACGAUACGACGUCGUCUGGUAGGAUGAUGAAUGAUUCAGAUAUUCAAAUCCUACAGCCGGAGAAGCCUGCGAUGGUGUCCCCGGCAUCUAAUUUACGACGCUUUUUGGAAUCUGUUACUCCUUCUGUUUCAUCUCAACUUCAUUCUAAGAGAACUAUUAGAGGGUGGAGGACAAGCGAUAUGGAACAUCAGCCGUAUUACAUGCUUGGUGAUUUAUGGGAAUCUUUCAAGGAGUGGAGUGCUUAUGGUGCUGGAGUUCCUUUGAUAUUAAAUGAGACUGAUAGUGUGAUCCAGUAUUAUGUACCUUAUUUGUCAGGAAUUCAAAUAUAUGGAGACCCUUCAAAGUCUUCAAUGUCAUCCAGGCGACAUAUUGAGGAUAGUGAUGGUGACUCUUUUAGGGAUUCUAGUAGUGAAGUAAGCAGUGACAAUGAACAUGAAAGGGGAUCUUUGCAUUCUCCCAGGGAAAGACAGGGCAAUCACCACCCAAAUGGCAGAAUAUCUUGGCAAAUGGAGCAGUUGUCAUUGAAUGAUCAGCAUCAUGUACUUCAAGAAGGAUUUUCUAGUGACGAGAGUGAUUCUGCUAGCAACCAAGGUUGCCUGUUAUUUGAGUAUUUGGAGAGGAAUCAGCCUUGGGGCAGAGAACCUUUGACCGAUAAGAUACUUGAUCUUGCACACCACUUCCCUGACUUAAAAACUCUAAGAAGUUGUGACUUACUACCAUCUAGUUGGUUAUCAGUGGCUUGGUACCCAAUAUACAGGAUUCCUAUGGGACCAACUUUGAAAGAUCUUGAUGCUUGCUUUUUGACGUUUCAUUCUCUUCACACUCCUAUGACAGGCAAUCAAUGUGAACAUCCACCUGUUGUAAGCUACCCUCAUGGGACAGAUGGACCUCCGGUUGUUUCUUUACCGGUGUUUGGCCUUGCUUCUUACAAGUUCAAGUCACCACUAUGGGUCCAGAAUGAGCAGAUGCUGGUGAGCUCUUUGUUACAGGCUGCUGAUGAUUGGCUAUCAAUGCUUCAGGUCAAUCAUCCGGAUUAUCUUUUCUUUUCCCGUAGAUGACAUAAAGUUAACUUGUAAUAACUUAGGCUUUUGUCCGAAACCCAAAUCAUUUCCAUAUGUGUACUUUGGUCAUUGAGUUGGGUUCAUUGAUUGUUAAGUUUUGAGAUUUUAAAAGGAAA